CCUCGGUGCACAUUGUCUGGCUUUCGUCAUGAUCAGAGGACUGUAAUACUCCGCCCAAUAUACCAAGACGAUUUACCUCCGAUCCUCCAAGGACGCCAUCACCGCCAUUAAUUACUCUUGCUCUCCCUCUCAAAAGCUUCAUCAAAAAGCCCAGCCCUGUUUCAAUCCUUCACGGCCUUGGUUGCGGUUUGUUUUCGCUCUGAUUCGAGAGCUCACGCCAUACCCACCACAGCGAUCCAUCCACACGAAUUCGGCACUGCAGUCGAAACCAGAUCUCUUGUCGCUUGGCAACCUAACGACGACCUUAUCCGAUCUUCCGAGUUCACCUAUGCACCUGGGGAAUAGUUGGUUUUGUGGCAACCAGGCAUUGAUACCAUCAAUUACUUUUGGAAGAAGCUCUCGUUGAGCUUCGGUGCAGGGAUUUUUUUUUGGGAACUUCGACUCGUCGGUGCACCGCGCAUCACAAAUCACACCAAUUGGACUCGAUGGCGCAACAAUUAGCAGCAAUCUUUGGGGAGUUAGGGAUCAGUCAGUAUCUCGAUGCGUUUGUUGAGCAGGGUUUCGACACAUGGGAGACUAUUCUCGAUAUCACGGAAUCCGACCUUGAUGUCCUAGGCGUGAAAUUAGGUCAUAGACGGAAACUCCAGAGGAGGAUAGCAAAUUACCGAGGGCUUGCGCCAGAAGCUUCAUUGGCUCCCUUGGCACAGCCCAGUAUAGAAGAUUCCAGGCCACCAGAGGUUGUACCUCGUGCUGAGCCACCAAAGCUCGAGCUACGAGAACCUGGGACUGUCAUUGUUACCAAGAGGAAGUAUCGCAGACACCCAAAGGCGGACGAAAAUGCGCCGGAAAGACCUCCGUCAGCCUAUGUGCUUUUUUCCAACAAGAUGCGCGAGGACCUCAAGGGCCGUAACCUCUCAUUCACCGAGAUUGCCAAGUUAGUUGGCGAGAACUGGCAAAACUUGACGCCGGCUGAGAAGGAGCCUUAUGAGUCCAAAGCGCAGGCUUACAAGGAAAAGUAUCACGCUGAACUUUCCGAAUAUAAGAAGACGCCUCAAUACCAAAAGUACAUGCAGUACUUGGCGGACUUCAAGACGAAGCAUUCUCUCCCAUCUCAAGACAAGGACUCGUCAAAGCGAGUGAAGCUCUCGGAAUCUGGUGGUCCCAGUAGCGCUGCUGCCACGCCCACCAGGACAUGUCGGAGUGACAGUGGUGGUAGUGACAGUCUUCACGGAAGCGAACCACCACCAUCCAGGGAACAGAGGAUAAGUUCCAUUGUCUCUACCACGGAUUCUCAUCACUCGGCGGCACUGAGCCCGGGGUCGUAUCAUGACGAUUCCAUGCACUCGCCACGUACAGCCCACGCGGACCGACGGUCUCCAGAACAACGAUCACCCACUGCUUUCAACAUUAGUGCGAGGAACUACCCAUUACCGAGCCGAACAGAGACUGCCCGACCAGAUGAACAUCGUCAGGAACAGCCGCUAAGCACACCCCAGUCUCAACAGAAUCUACCAUCCUUCUCCGAUGUCUUUGAUAGCCAUAGAUCUUUACCCGGCGGGCCACAACAAACGAACGAUCCCAGCAGCUAUUUCCCAAGAGGAAGUCUCACCAAUAGCCCUGGUCCCCCACCUGGCUUGGUUGGCGGCGAUCGGAGAUAUCCGCCUGCGUUGAAGAAGGAGCAGUCCUCAGCGGGUAGCAUAUCCUCGGCCUCCACGGCCUCGUCUUAUGGCUAUCCAAGGACCCCUACUGACGGCCCAUUGCCGAUACAGGCUUUGCUCUCGUCAAGCUCCUCCCACUCCUACGAGGCAGGCCAACCGCACCACCCAUACCCCACGGGUCCCUUGCCUGUGCAUCAAAAGCAGCCGCAACAUCAGCAGCAGCCUGCAGGGCAGCCGCCGGCGCUUGCUAGCCUGCCCAUGACGAAUGGUAUGCCGUGGAGAAAGCUACCUUCGUUAUCUAGAGAAGCAGCUGACGAAGCCGUCGUAGGCUACCAUAGGGCUCUAUCGCUUGCGCACGCGCCCUCUGUUGUAACGAAUGCUGCUGCUCCUAGUGCUGUGUAUGGAAUCCCGCCACCACCACCACCCCAACAGAUGGGCGCUGGUCCGGUACAACAUCAGUAUCAGCAACAACAAUUUCAACAUCACCACCAACAACAACCACAACAACAACAACACCAAGAGAGGAAACAGGGGGGAGGACCUCAGGGCCCUAAUCUCGAUGGAAUGAGUGCCCUGUUGAAAGCAGGCGAGAUCGUUGAUCGCCGGACGCAUUGAAGGAGUUACGUAAGGGGAAGAAGGGACAGGGACAGGGGACGAUUGGAUCGGAGUUUCCCCCGGUUGGGGAAAGGGAAGGAUCUAAAAACCGGAAGCCGGGUUGGUUAAAACGGCUAGAUAAAAAAACAAGACAUAGUACGCCGUAAAAGCUGACUAGCUGACGGACGGUCGUCAGUUAUUUGAAUAUCAUGAUAUGGGCCCUUGGUUUUGGGUUUCCCGAGUGUAAUAAACUGAAUGACCUCGUUACAGGUCACGUAAUACGAGUUGACGAGCGUAUCAACCUUUCUGACCAGUGAAAGAUUACAACCGAUACCUCCGUCGCCUGUUCAGGAUUUGACUUGAAUCCCCUUCUCUGACUUCAUAAUGGCAAUCAAUGGCAUGGUCACGGUCACUGGGUAAUCCUAACCCUGACGAUUGAGUACCUUACAGAGGCAAUACACAGUAG